CAAAGCGCAUGCUCGGGAUCUCAAUGUCAGCUCUGAUCUUCCAGAGAACGGGCCCACCGAGGACAUUCCUGUGGCCCAGAUGUUACACCCUGGAGUUCAUGACAUUCAGAGAUGGUAAUUCUUGGCAGAUCGCCCAGCAAGGGACAUUCGUGGCCUUCAUCAUGCUGUGUGCAGCCUGGCGAUCCCUUCAUGUAGGGAUGGGAUUUGGGAAAUCAUGUACCCGUACCAUGGGGUCACUGGCUACUAAAUUAGCAGAGUACAGAAACAUGUGGAGACCGAGUAAACCAAAGGACUGGGCUGCACAGUACCAGGAGAGAUGUAUCCCCUUCUCCAAGGGCCAGCUGGUGGAACAUUUGGUUCAGGAGUUUCAUUCUUCCACUGAAUCUGAGAAGAAAUUGUUUAUGUCCUUUGUGGAUCAGCUGGGGAUCUCACUCCUCCAGCAUUAUCAUUCUAUCUUGGAGGAGCUUCAGGCCCUUUAUGAUCCCAUUAACCCUGACCGUGAUGCUUUGUUGGAGUCCAGCCUCACAGACGCAGAGAAACUAUUGAGGGAGGAAGAGGUCCUGGAGCAACUGCAGCCUGUGCUGAAUCAGGCCAAUUUCAACAGUUUGUCUGAGGAUACUUUGGCUUAUGCCCUUAUGGUGCAUCACCCACAGGAUGGAGUACAGGUACAAGUGAAUCUUGAUAAGUAUGAAUACAUCCGAUACUGGGCACUUGGACAGAGAUUAGGACCCUUGUCCACACAGAUGAGUUCCAACCCUCAGAAUUCUUUCUUUUCCCGGUCUUCUCGCACCCCUCCAGAAAGGCACUACUUUAAAAGAGUUUUAGUGGCAGCUCGCCCUAGGAAUUCACAUAUGGUCUUAAAGUGCUUCAAGGACAUAGCCCUGGAAGGUUUGGAGCAGCUACUACCUGUACUGAAAGUCCGAACAUCCAGCUUUGACCGCACCAUGCUCAACACCAUGCUUUUGGUCAGUGGAUGCAUCGUUUUUGUAAAUGUCGGAAUGGUGGUUCUCACUGACUUGAAGAUAGGAACGUCUUUCCUCCUGUUCUUUUUUGCUGGAUUUAUGGCUUUCCGAACUUGGAAGGUUUUUUCCCAGCGGCGGAAAGUACAUUCGCUUGAACUUGCCCACAUGCUGUAUUAUAAAAGCACUUCUAACAAUUCAGAGCUGCUUGGAGCCCUUACUUUGAGGGCCCAAGAAGAGCAUGCAAAGGAGGUGAUCCUCGCUCAAAGCUUCUUGAAGCAUCUCAACAUAACAGACAACGGGGAUGGAUUAGAUGAUCAAACGGUGAAUCAAAUCAAAACAAGUGUGGAAACCUGGCUGCAAACAAAAUCAGGCCUGGAGAUUACCUUCUCCGCUGAACGAGCUCUCCAAAAUUUGAAGACUUUCAAUAGGUCAUGGAUGAAGGAAACAAUACCAAAAAGUCAUACGGAAGCGCACAUGGAAAAGGGUAUACUUUAAGGGUUAAUGGCACAGGCUUUUACAGUCUUAGGUUCUCCAAUAUUUAUGCCAUGAAUAGCCGUUGUGUAUUGGUGUAUUCGCUGGGUGUGCACUUAAUUCUUGCGUUGUUAUGUUCCCCAAAGCCUAUUGCACUCCUUUUUGUAUGAGAAACUCAUACUACUGUUGUAUCCUCUGUAUCCCAUUAAAGAUUGGGAGAUGGCUCAUGGGUCAUAUGGUUGGCAUAUGGGUCAUCCUGUCCCUGAGAAGUAGGAUGCUGAUAAUAAAUGUAUAUAUGCUGCUAUUUGUGAAUAUGUGAGUAAUGCUGCUUGUGCUGUUUUCCGCCACAAUGGCUGUGUGGCAUUAUUUAUUUAUUUUUGAUUGAUGACUUGUAAAACCAUAAUAAAAAGAGAAGCUUGGUAUGCAUCUGACCGUGAUAACAGAUGCAUAUCCAAACAGAAUUGGACCUCA